AUCAGGGUGGACGGAGCUCUGGAGGGAGGAGUGCUGUACGAGACGCUGACUGUGAUGAAGGACAGCAGCCCAAUCCUGCGGGACAUGGCUUUCUCCCUGGACAGGAACUCUCUGUAUGUCAUGUCUGACUACCAGGUGGUCCAGGUCCCCGUGGAGUCGUGUGAACAGUACGCUACAUGUGCUGAGUGCCUCAGUGCUGGUGAUCCCCACUGUGGCUGGUGCGUGCUGUACAACAUGUGUUCAAGGAAAGAUCGGUGUCUGAGGGCAGAGGAGAGCUUCCGCUUCACGACUGACAUUGAGCGCUGUGUGAAGGUCAUUGCUCACCCGGACAGUAUCGCUGUGUCAGCACAUAGUGUCCCUCUCCUGCUGGAGGUGAAUAAUGUUCCAGACCUUUCUGCUGGAAUUACCUGUUCGUUUGGCCAGCAGGCCCAAGCAGAAGGCCACGUCAAUGGGAAUAGAGUCAUGUGUCUCUCGCCAGCCGGGAAGGAAGUUCCGCAGAUACCGGAGGGACGAGACUGGGCCGGUGUGGAGCUUCGCCUGAAUUCGAACGAGACGGGUCAAAUGGUUGCCAGCACGGAGGUGAAGUUCUACAACUGCAGCACGCAUCAGAUGUGUCUGUCGUGUGUAAACAGCACAUUCCGCUGCCAUUGGUGUAAAUACCGCAACCUUUGCACUCACGACCCGAGCAGCUGUUCUUUCCAGGAAGGAAGAGUCAACGCUUCUGAGGACUGCCCUCAGCUCCUCAACUCUGGGGAAAUUCUCAUUCCAGCUGGCGAGGUCCGGCCAAUCACCCUGAGGGCCCGCAACCUCCCUCAGCCGCAGUCGGGCCAGCGGGGCUAUGAGUGCGUGGUGAACGUACAGGGUGUCAGCCACCGUGUCACGGCGCUGCGCUUCAACAGCACCAGCGUUCAGUGCCAGAACAGCUCGUACAUGUACGAGGGUGUGAAGAUCAGUGACCUGGCGGUGGACCUCUCCAUUGUAUGGAACGGCAACUUCAUCAUCGACAAUCCCGAGAAGAUUAAAGUGCAUCUAUACAAGUGCAGCGCCCAGCGGGACAGCUGCGGCAUGUGUCUGCGGGCUGAAAGGAAGUUCCAGUGUGGCUGGUGCAGCGGCGAGGGCCGAUGCACCAUGAGGCAGCACUGUCCCCCCAUCUCCCCUUACGCCAGCAGAUGGCUGGACCUUUCUGCCAGGAAUGUGAAGUGUACCAACCCACGCAUUACAGAGGUAAGCCCAGUGGCGGGACCUCUGGAGGGGGGGACGCUUGUCACCAUCCAGGGCCUGAACCUGGGUCUGUCCUUCUCUGAGCUUGUGGGUAACGUGGAGGUGGCAGGAGUGGAGUGCACGCCCCAGCAGGAGGGAUACGUUACUGCCGAACAGAUUGUAUGCGAGAUGGAUGCAGCUCCUGAAGGAAGCGCCCCUGGUCCCGUCAAGCUGUGCGUUGGUGAAUGCAGACCCGAGCUAAGCACGCAGUCCUCCCAGAUCUACACCUUUGUGGUACCCACCAUGUUGGCUCUGACCCCAGGCCGAGGACCUGAGUCUGGGGGGACCAAGGUUACCGUCGUUGGGGAAAAUCUGAGUGCUGGCAGCACUAUAACUGUGUACUUUGGGAAUCAAACCUGUGAACUGUACAGGAGGAGCAUGUCAGAGAUUGUGUGCUUUGCAGCUCCAUCGUUGACAGGAGCGGGACCAGUGCAAGUGCGUUUGAGUGUGGACCGGGCCAAAGCUCCUGGAAGUCUGACCUUCGAGUACAUAGAAGACCCCACAGUCCAGAGCAUCGAACCCAUGUGGAGCAUUGCCAGCGGGCACACCACCCUGACGGUGACAGGGACAAACCUGGAUGUGGUUCAGGAACCUCGGGUCCGAGUCAAGUAUGCUGGCCACGAAUCUGUCGACGUGUGCAAAGUUUUGAACACCACUACCAUCAGCUGCUUCGCCCCUUCUCUGAAGGCGGAUUACACCGCAGAGCAGGAGACGAUAAAACACGUGGAUGAGUUUGGCUUCGUCUUCAACAAUGUCCAGGCUCUGCUCACCUACAACAACACGGGCUUUGUCUACUACCCCAACCCUUACCUGGAGCCCCUCAGCCUCUCAGGCGUUCUGGAGCAGAAACCUGGAGCUCCCAUCAUUCUCAAGGGCCGUAACCUGGUGCCAUCUGCCUCCGGUGGAGCCCGGCUGAAUUACACGGUGCUGAUCGGAGAGACCCCCUGUUCCCUCACCGUCUCAGACACUCAGUUACUCUGCGAGCCACCCAACCUCACCGGGCAGCAUAAAGUCCUGGUGCAAGUAGGUGGACUGCACAUCUCUCCUGGUGAAGUCCACAUCCGGUCGGACAGCUUGCUAACCAUGCCCGCUAUUCUCAGCAUCGCAGCCGGUGGAGGGUUGCUGCUUAUCAUCGUCAUAAUAGUCCUGCUCGCCUACCGACGAAAGUCGCACGAGAAUGACCUCACUCUGAAGCGCCUGCAGAUGCAAAUGGACAAUCUGGAGUCUAGAGUAGCUCUGGAGUGUAAAGAAGCCUUCGCCGAACUGCAGACGGACAUCAACGAGUUAACCAGCGAUCUUGACAGAGCUGGCAUCCCCUUCCUGGACUAUCGCACGUAUUCGAUGAGGGUUCUCUUUCCUGGCAUUGACGAUCACCCUGUGCUGAGGGAGCUGGAGGUUCCCGGGUGCGGACAGGCGAACGUGGAGAAAGCCUUGAAGCAGUUUGCUCAGCUGGUGAACAACAAGGUUUUCCUGCUGACAUUCAUCCGCACGCUGGAGACGCAGCGCUCCUUCUCCAUGCGCGACCGCGGCUACGUCGCUUCGCUCAUCAUGACCUCCCUGCAAGGGCGCUUGGAGUACGCCACAGACAUCCUCAAGCACCUGCUCUCGGACCUUAUAGAGCGCAACCUCGAGAGCAAGAACCACCCCAAGCUUCUCCUCCGGAGAACAGAGUCGGUGGCAGAGAAGAUGCUGACAAAUUGGUUUGCCUUCCUGCUUCACAAAUUUCUCAAGGUAAAACGAA